AUGGCGAACGAAGCAGAAAGAGCAGUGAGGGAAUUUGGCCCCCCAGUGGCAACUCCCUCAGCGAUCCGACGUCCUUCUAUUGCAGCCAACAAUUUUGAGAUCAAGCCAGCCAUGAUCACCAUGCUGCAAAAUUCAUCUGUAUUUUAUGGUCUGCCGAAUGAAGAUCCAAAUAUACAUCUUGCGAUAUUUUUGGAGAUUUGUGACACGUCCAAGUUCAAUAGGGUAACUGAUGAUGCAGUUCGUUUAAGGCUAUUCCCUUUCUCCUUGAAGGAUAAAGCCAAGCUUUGGUUACUGUCACAACCACAAGACUCCAUCCGUACUUGGGAUGAUUUAUCCAAGAAAUUCCUUGCCAAAACGGCAAAAUUCCGACAAGAAAUUAUGUCAUUCGCUCAGUUUGAUAAGGAGCCUUUAUAUGAAGCCUGGGAACGAUUCAAAGAUUUAUUGCGCAAGUGUCCUCACCAUGAGCUACCAACCUGGAUUCAAGUUCAGACUUUCUACAAUGGGUUAAGUCAAACAAGCAGGACACUAGUUGAUGCAGCUGCUGGAGGGGCUUUAAUGGCAAAAACGGCUACUGAAGCAUUUGAAUUAUUGGAGACCAUGGCAUCCAACAACUACCAAUGGCCGAGUGAGAGAAUGAAUCCGAAGCCAGCUGGGGUCUUGGAAGUCGAUGCUAUGGCUUUGCUAAAAGCAAAAAUUUCUAACCUUACUAAAAAAGUUGAUUCUUUGAGUGUUAAUGCUAUAAACACUAAUACUAAUUUUGGUUGUGAUUUUUGUGCAGGUCCUCAUCCAAGUUCAGAUUGCACCACAGGGAACCCAUUCACGUCUGUUGAGCAAGUCAAUCAGGUUGGAGAAUUUAAUCGACAAAUAAAUAAUCCUUAUUCCAAUACAUACAACCCCGGUUGGCGAAACCAUCCAAAUUUUUCAUGGAGCAAUACUCAGAAUGUGCAGAGACCACCACCUGGCUUUCCGGCUCAAGAGAAGAAAAUAAAUUUGGAAGAUGCGCUCACUCAGUUGACUAUGUCUACCACCCAAUUUAUGACUGAAACAAAAACCCAAUCUCAGAAUCAGAGCGCUUCUAUUUGGAAUUUGGAGGUGCAAGUAGGCCAACUAGCUAAUGUAUUGAGUGGAAGAAAUCAAGGAGUAUUGCAAAGCCAACCCGAAAUUAAUCCGAAAAAUCAAGAACAAGUAAUGGCAAUCACACUUCGGGAAGGGAAGCAAGUGAACACAGCGGUCAUCUUGGAAAAAGAAAAAUUAGAAAAAGAGGAAGAAGCUGAGAAAUCUCAAGAAGAAGAAAAUUAUGCUGCUAUGCCGUCCCCUUCUCCUCCAUUGAAGCCAUAUGUCCCACCGAUCCCUUUUCCGCAGAGGCUGAAGAAAAAUAAAAUUGAUGGGCAAUCUUCUGAUUUCUUAGAAAUGUUCAAAAAGGUGCAAAUCAACAUUCCAUUCGCUGCAGCUUUGGAACAAAUGCCAAGUUAUGCAACAUUCAUGAAAGACAUCCUUUCCAAGAAAAGGAAAUUUGGUGAUCAUGAGAAAAUCCAACUGACAGAAGAGUGCAGUGCCAUCCUACAACGGAAGCUUCCACCAAAGAAAAAAGAUAGAGGGAGUUUUAAAAUUCCAUGUACUAUUGGAAAUAAUUUCUUUGAAAAAGCUUUAUGUGAUUUGGGGAGCUUUAUGUAA